AGAACUCGAUUCGCCAUAACCUCUCUUUGAACAAAGUCUUCAAACAUGUGCCCCGUGCCAUAACGGAGCCGGGUAAAGGAAGCUAUUGGCAACUCGACUGCUCUGGUGGUGAGGGUUACAAACGCCCUCGUAAGCGCCGCAGCAAGUCUGCUCGAGCGGCACUUGAUCAGGGCGACGAUGACGAUUCUUCGUCGGAAGGUGACAUAGAGGGGACGAAUGCACCUCAGGCUGGUAUGUCAGUAGGUUCGAAUUACGCUCCAAAUCGUCCUAGCCCCGCAGCAUCCGACGAGUCCUACAUCGAUCCGGAAUUGAGGCAGGGAAGUCACAUUGUUGGCGAAGGUCGAACCCGACCUGCUGUGCGCAGGCCCGCUACCAGUCCAUAUCCAGUCCUUGGUUCUUCUCAGCAGUCGCCUAGGUACCUGCAAAACCAGUUACCACCUCAUGGAAGUCCGGAAUUAGCGCCGAGAUUCGGUCAGACAUCAUUUGGACAGGGAGGAUUUGGACGCUCGGGGUUCAGUCAGAUGCCAGCAGCCAGAGUGCCUCUAACUUCCACGUCUUCAUCCUCAGCAUUUGUGGCAUCAUCUCCCACUACAUUCGGCCCUGUUCCAAUGACGUCCACCCGUUCGCAACAUGCCUUUAUGACUCAAGAUCGCAACGGGCCUAUCAUGCAGCCUAAUCCCAGACCGGGCGUUGAGUACACUCAUGAGGGUGGCUUACCUAGUGCUAGACGCGUUCAGAGCUACCACCAAGGACAGUAUCACUCGUCUCAAGGCUCGUCGCCGUCGUCGCAACAGAGUGACUCUAGCUACCCUUCUGACCCCAAAGGGAAGAGCAGGAUGUGAGCGCUCCAGUGCCUCAGACCCAUGAUCCCGCACUGUGGCAUGUGUGGGGGAUCAUCGAGAGUCUUAUCGCGCAUAUUCUUCGUCUAGUUUCCUUCCUUAGGCUUGCUUUUAAUGUGCACUUUUCUCUUUUUUUCUACUGUCCCAUGCACUGAUGAAUUCCAUUUACGUCAUUUUCUUUUUCCGCUCUUUCAUUCCGGCUUGA